UCCUCCUCCCUCCUUCCUCUCCUCCCUUCCUCCCUCCUUCCCUCCCUUCCAGCUCCUGCACCAGGAAACGGCCCAGAUCCCGGCGGCGACCUGACCCGUGAGAUCGCUAACCUGGCAGGCCGGCAGGGGCUCCACGCUGGCCAGGAUGAUGAAAGGCCCCAGCUGGGGGCUCCUUGCCACCAGCGCUGGGUCCUAAGAGCUGCCAUCCAGGCUGGCUGCCCGGAUGGCGACCCCAGCCUCGACCCCAGACACACGGGCUCUGGUGGCAGACUUUGUAGGCUAUAAACUGAGACAGAAGGGUUAUGUUUGUGGAGCUGGCCCUGGGGAGGGCCCGGCAGCUGACCCGCUGCACCAGGCUAUGCGGGCAGCUGGCGAUGAGUUCGAGACCCGUUUCCGACGUACCUUCUCAGAUCUGGCUGCUCAGCUGCAUGUGACCCCGGGCUCAGCCCAGCAACGUUUCACCCAGGUCUCUGAUGAGCUCUUCCAAGGGGGUCCCAACUGGGGUCGUCUGGUGGCCUUCUUUGUCUUUGGAGCUGCACUGUGUGCUGAGAGCGUCAACAAGGAGAUGGAGCCGCUUGUGGGCCAAGUACAGGAGUGGAUGGUGGCCUACCUCGAGACGCGGCUGGCCGACUGGAUCCACAGCAGCGGGGGCUGGGCGGAGUUCACAGCUCUAUACGGGGACGGGGCCCUGGAGGAGGCUCGGCGUCUGCGGGAGGGGAACUGGGCCUCAGUGAGGACAGUGCUGACGGGGGCCGUGGCACUGGGGGCCCUGGUAACUGUUGGGGCCUUUUUCGCUAGCAAGUGAGGAAGGCCAGGGCCAGGUGGGGCUAGGUGUGGCUGUCAGGCAUGAGAGCAGAAACAGGACAGAAGUGCCCUUGGAAGAAGUGGGGUGAACAGAUGGACAUGGAGCAGGAACAGGAAGUGGAAGGGUCGACUGUGAGGGAGCUGGGUGUGCUGGGUAGGUAGGAGGUUGGAGAAAGUGAACUGGAAAACACUAGGAGCUAUAUUUGGAAAGUCAGGGGGCAGGAGACAGACUCAUUCCAGGGUUGGGGGAGGUGGGAGGGGUUUGCCUGGGGCUUGGUUUGCAGCUUUGAAGAGGAGAAGAAAGUGUAGUUACCUAAGGGGUUUGGGUCUAUACUGAGUGAGCAGGCUUUGGGGCAGGCACAGAGGGCACAUGCCUUUGGAGUCCAGGUCCAGGUGGUACUGAGAAUUGGCUGUGACAGCGCGCUGCUCGGCCACAGGUGUGCAUGUGGGCUCACGCGCCCGUGCAUGAGGGCUGCUUGUCUGAUCUGUUGGCAGUGCUAUCCGCCCUGCAGUGGCCAAAACGAAGGGCAGUUCUCAACUCCCUCCUCUCCCAGCCCCUUGUCCUGAUGCUCAGUGAGAAACUCCAGACCAGAGCUGCAGGGCUGUGGAAAGAAGAGCAGUUGUGUAGCUGCCUUGUCCCUUCCUCACCACCCCUUCCUUGUGCAUCUUGCACUUGCUGCUGCCUCCUGAGUUCUGACAGAAAAGCAGGGCAGCGGGACCAGACUGGGGCCAGGGCCAGGCUUUGGUAGCUGUUGGGGCCGUGGUAGGUGGUGGGCGCAGGCUUGGCUAGCUGGACUUGCUUCCCACCCAUUUCUCUCGCUGGGGCACACUAGUGCCUAAAAUGUUCCCUGUCUCUGGGACUUUCUGUACCCAAACUGAAACCUAAAUCAGGGCUGGCAUUGCAUUCUUUUUCCUUCUGAGUAUGUGGACAGAAAUGCCAGUCUAGAAUACCGGCUGGGUCCCGCACUGUGUCUCAGAACCACUGUUGCUACCUUGGGAGGAACAUUCCAGCUCUGAACCCCAUGGGUGGGAGGGCAACUUGUGUCCAUGACUGGCCUCUUCCGUGUGGCAGGCUUUGGCAUUGCUUUAUCAAGGGCCAGGUCUAUGGGUUCUAGAGUAUCUGCCACAACCUCUGAGUAGCUCUGUUUCUUUCUUUCUUUCUUUCUUUCUUUCUUUCUUUCUUUCUUUCUUUCUUUCUUUCUUUCUUUCUUUCUUUCUGGUCUAUGGGUUCUAGAGUAUCUGCCACAACCUCUGAGUAGCUCUGUUUCUUUCUUUCUUUCUUUCUUUUUUUUUUUUUUUUCCUGAAGGCACGCUGUUUGCAUGGGUGUUACUUUACCCAUCCCUCCGAGACUGAGGGUGUUCAUGUUAGCACUCACAGUCCUUUGGAACAGAUUCAGAUUAUAGCCUUUUCCUUGGUGAAAGAAAUGACUUCACUCCAGUUGCGCGCUCUGAGCCAGACCUCACUGCUGCACUUUCCCAGGUGCUAAAAUUGCUGCUCUCCAGCACUGACUUCAGACACAGUGCUCUAGAACCCUGCCCUUGACCCCGAGCACGCAGCAGCUUAGCUCAACCGUCACCGUGCUUGACUCUUCUGAAGAGAUGUUCACUUGGUCCCAGUGGCAACAUAGUUGUACUCACUAGAAUAUGGGACCAAAUUUGGCCUCAGGUGUUGAGCCCAGACUUGCUUUUGAGAGAGGGCUGAACUUUUUAGCGGUGUUUAUAAGGGAGGAGUGACUGCAUGCACCACUUGGUCUGUCAUGAGUAGGCUGAUAGCAGACGCUCAGAGCUGGGCCAUGGCAGGCAGUUGGGGUGGGGGUGGGGGGUCCUCUGUCUUGCUCAGGACAAACUAGGCCAGUGGUUUUUCAAACUGCUUGGCAGAGCCCUGAAAUUUCCUAGGGUUUGCCUCAGGAGUCCUUGUGGAAGGAAAUACGUGUGCCAGGAGAGGGCACUGAGCUGGUUGGGCUACUCGCUCUCAAACAGAACAGCUUCCCUUGUAGCUGUCUUACAUAUCGGGGUUCAGGGUAAGCUUUUAUUUGCAUUAAGGGUUUUGCUGCUGAUAAAAGUUAGAAAACCACUGACUAGACCAUCAGCUCCAAAUUGGAGCCUGCACUCCCCAGACCUGGGGCGUUGGUGGCGGGGGGUUACUCUUUACCUUGCCCUCUGCUGUAGGACAUCCAUCCCAGUUAGUGCUCCUGGGGGCCUUCAGCAGAUGGGCAUGGGGGACUGUGAUCAGGUUACUAAGAUGCCCAGCUCUGAGGCCUGUGUCACACCUGCUGGGAGGAGAGGCUAUUUUCUGGAAGGGGAAGGGCUCAAUCUGGAUUCCCAGAAGCAGAGCUUGCAUGGGACCACAGUGGACAGUUUGGGUCUGUUCUGCCCUUCUUAAUUAAUUUGAGGGGCAAUGGAAAUCCCAGACACUCUUCUGUCAGGGAAAACUAGAGACUCUUUCAGAGCCAUAUAGUUCCUUGGGAUUAGCUCUUGGCCGAGAAUAGGCUGAGGAUGACUCCCAAUUUUUAGAUCCAUUUAAUUUUUUAAAAAAAAUAAAGGAAAUAAAUUUGAUUCUCAUUUGUCAGAGAUUAAAUCCAUGGAGAGGGUGUUUCUUGCUCUCCAUAGCCCAAAGGGACAAAUAGGGACUUUGCCUAGGCCAAGGAAGGAACAGAGGUAGGACAACUAGGUCCUGCAAUUAUUAAUCCCACUUUCCCCUUAUUCUAGGGCAUACACUAUUACUACUUUACUUUUUUAAAAUCAUAAAAUGGCGGGAGAAAAAAGAUUUGGUUAGUUUAGAAGAAAAGAUAAAGCUCUAUAAAUAUAAACAUAUAUAUAUAUAUAUAUAUUCCUGUAUUUUUAUUUAAUAAUUUAUAAAUACUAAGUUCAUUUGACUUUUAUUUUUGUGUAAUAUGUAAUGGUCGUAUUAAAACAAUAAAUAAAGCCCAGAAGUUUAAUAAGAAGGA